AUGAUUUCGAAAGAAGAAUUUUUAAACAUCUUUCAAGACUUUCAAUGGAAUGAUUUUAAUGUCGACAAACCUCUGAGAGAUGAGUUGAGACGUAUCAUUCCUGAAAUUCGAAAGUUAAAUUGGAAACUACAACCACUCAAGACCACAUUUAAAUUCUCUGUUCUAUCCGGUGACACCACACCAGAGGAAGCACGCAAAGUUAUGGAUAUUAUUUUUAAUACAUCAAUCCCUGAUGAUUAUUUUCAAUCUUUAUUAGAAAAGUAUCCAUACACCCCAAAGCCAGUAACAAAACCUCCAGAACCAGUAGAGAAAAAGCAGCAAGAAAAAGUUGAGAAAAAGUCAACAAGUCUUAAUUUCCCAACUGGAGCAAGUCCAAAACCAACAACAAAUACAGAUGUUCAGCCAAAGUUACCACAUAAAGCUCUAAAAGCUAUUACUCCAGUCAAAAAUAAUAAUCAGCAAAAGCAUUCGGAAGGAAAACAAAAAUACGAAAAAACUUAUGAAGAGAAGCCAAGAGAGGAAAGACCAAAAGACAGACCUAAAAACAAUCGUGAAAAACCACAGCGUGAAAAGAAAGAACAAGUGACCGAAUUAAAAGAUGAAGAUUUCCCAGCUUUACCGACAAACCCUACAACACAGCCACCAGCAUUCAAGGCAACUAAGCAGUGGCUUAACCUCAAACAAUACAAGAGAGUUACUGAACCUGUAGAUCCUGAACCAUGGACAGGAGCUUCAGAUGGAAUCGAUAUUACACUUAACCCAACAUCUGUAAUCGUAAAAACAAGUAAUGAACAAAAAGAAGAUAUUAUGAAAAUUAUUGCACAAAAACUCGGUCUUUUAGCAGUUAAUGCACCUCCACCAAAUAAAGAGGACAUCAGAUCUGUUCAUACUAUUUACUUUGAAGUAGAAGAAGUAAAACAAUAA